CAAAAUUGUAAACAAAUUGUAUCGAGAGGCAGUAUUCAUUCAGAACAGCUGAUUGAUUCAUGCUGGAUAUUGUUGCUUGUUGUUUUCCAAAAAUUUCAAUUAAAAAAUACGGCUUUGUGAUAAAAAGUGAUGUUAUUAACUACAUUUUUCAUUUAAAAUUAUUGUGUAGCGCUGUUAAGUUAAUGUACAUUUAUAGUGUAGAAGUUAUACUCUGCACAAUGACACAAAUGGCAAUCACUUUGCUGACGAGAGCAAUCGAGUACGAUUUGAACGGACGAAAACUAGAAUCCUUGAAGCUUUACGAAGAUGGUAUUGAAGCGCUUCUUAAAGAGUCAAAAGCCGAACAGGAACCGAAACGAAAGCAGCAUUUACAAGCCAAAAUCGUCGAAUAUAUGGAUCGAGCCGAACAAGUAAAGGACCUCAUAACGCGCUGGAGAAGUAAAGGAGAAAUACGAGAUAAGAUUCAUGUCGUCGAGGGUGCAACCGGUUACAGCUACAGCAGGGUGUUUGGAAAGUACCUGACUGACGAAGUGAAGGAGAUUAUGAUUGAAGAACCGUAUAUACGAGAGCACCACCAACUCUGCAACGUCGUGAUGUUUUGUGAAUUAGCAUUGACCAACUGCAGGAACCUGAAAUUCAUCAAAAUCUUAACCGUUCGAGAGCAGAAAAAUAACGACGAACAGGGACGCGCGUUUGAGAUUUUAAAAAAAAGCUUGAAGAAACAGGGAGUAGAAUUGUCUGUGGAAUAUUCCGAUCAUAUGCAUGACCGACAAGUGAUACUCAGCAAUGGAUAUAUUGUGAAAAUUGGUCGAGGACUCAAUUAUUUCAAACCUUCUCCAAGUAAAUACAGUCUUGGUGCCUUUAAUUAUCACUUUCGAGAGUGUAGAGAAACAAACAUUGAUGUAUUCUACUGUCCAGAAAACAAUAAAGUGUAACAAAUUUUUUGUAAAAAAAAUAUCUUGCUU